ACGACUGAGCACCCAGGAGGGGGAGGGAGAACUUCCCUCCAUAAAUGGUCCCACCCCUGGGCAAGGUGGCUCACUCUGGCAGGUAGGAACGGAGGAGUGUGCACCUGCUCCAGUCAAGCCCAGCCAGACUGUGAGAGGAGACGAGGCGGAGCAAGCCGAGGGAGUGAGUGAACCAUGGACAAUUUGAAGUGCCCAAGCUUCUUCAAGUGCAGAAGGAAGGAGAAAGUGACAGCUUCGUCUGAGAAUUUCCAUGUUGAUGAAAAUGAUGAGAAUCAGGAACGUGGUAACUGGUCCAAAAAAUCAGACUAUCUUCUGUCUCUGGUUGGAUAUGCAGUGGGACUGGGAAAUGUGUGGAGAUUCCCAUAUCUGACAUACAACAACGGUGGAGGUGCCUUCUUGAUACCUUACGCAGUUAUGCUAGCAUUGGCCGGUUUACCUCUGUUCUUCCUGGAGUGUUCAUUGGGGCAGUUUGCUAGCUUAGGUCCAAUUUCAGUUUGGAGGAUUCUUCCAUUGUUUCAAGGUGUGGGAGUUACAAUGGUCCUGAUAUCCGUUUUUGUGACAAUCUAUUACAAUGUCAUAAUUGCCUAUAGUCUUUACUACUUGUUUGCUUCUUUUCAAAGUGAACUGCCAUGGAAGUAUUGUUCUUCUUGGUCAGAUGAAAACUGUAGCAGGUCACCUAUUGUAACUCACUGUAAUGUGAGUAUUGUAUCAGGGGAGAUCAUCCAAGUGAAUAAAAGCUGGUUAAACCUCAACAAUUUGACCUGUAUCAAUGGGAGUGAAAUUUAUCAGCCAGGGCAGCUUCCCAGUGAACAAUAUUGGGAUAAAGUGGCACUCCAACGAUCAAGCGGAAUGGAUGAGACUGGAGUAAUUGUGUGGUAUUUAGCACUUUGUCUUCUUCUGGCUUGGCUCAUAGUUGGAGCAGCACUGUUUAAAGGAAUCAAGUCUUCUGGCAAGGUGGUUUAUUUUACAGCUCUUUUCCCCUAUGUGGUUCUACUCAUCCUUUUAAUACGUGGAGCAACUCUGGAGGGUGCAUCAAAAGGAAUUUCAUACUAUAUUGGAUCACAGUCAAAUUUUACAAAAUUGAAGGAAGCUGAGGUUUGGAAAGAUGCUGCUACUCAGAUAUUUUAUUCCCUGUCAGUAGCUUGGGGUGGCUUAGUUGCUCUAUCAUCUUACAAUAAGUUCAAUAAUAACUGCUACUCUGAUGCCAUUGUAGUUUGUUUGACAAACUGCCUAACUAGUGUGUUUGCUGGAUUUGCUAUUUUUUCUAUAUUGGGACACAUGGCUCAUAUAUCUGGAAAGGAAGUCUCUCAAGUUGUAAAAUCAGGUUUUGAUUUGGCAUUCAUUGCCUAUCCAGAAGCUCUAGCCCAGCUCCCAGGCGCCCCAUUUUGGUCCAUAUUAUUUUUCUUCAUGCUUUUAACUUUGGGCCUGGAUUCUCAAUUUGCUUCCAUUGAAACUAUUACAACAACGAUCCAGGAUUUAUUUCCCAAACUGAUGAAGAAAAUGCGCGGUCCCAUAACUUUGGGUUGCUGCUUGGUUUUGUUUCUCCUUGGUCUCGUCUGUGUGACUCAGGCUGGAAUAUAUUGGGUUCUUCUGAUUGACCACUUCUGUGCUGGAUGGGGCAUUUUGAUUGCAGCUAUACUGGAAAUAGUAGGAAUCAUCUGGAUUUAUGGAGGGAACAGGUUUAUUGAAGAUAUAGAAAUGAUGAUUGGUGCAAAGAGGUGGAUAUUCUGGCUGUGGUGGAGAGCUAGCUGGUUUGUCAUUACACCUAUCCUUUUGAUUGCAAUUUUAGUCUGGUCACUGGUGAAAUUUCAUAGACCUGAGUAUGCCCAAAUUCCAUACCCUGACUGGGGAGUUGCUCUAGGCUGGUGUAUGAUUAUUUUCUGCAUUCUUUGGAUUCCAAUUGUGGCUGUGAUAAAAGUAAUUCAGGCUAAAGGGAGCAUUUUCGAACGCAUUGUAAGCUGCUGCAAACCAGCACCUAACUGGGGCCCAUACCUGGAAAGACAUCGUGGGGAGAGAUACAAGGGCAUGGUAGAUCCCAAAAAAGAGUCUGACCAGGAAAUCCCUACUGUUAGUGGCAGUAGCAGACCAGAAUGAGAUCUCACUCUUAAAAAACACAUAUGAUUGCAAAAUGUGAUCUUUUUAGACUAGGAGAAAAUCUUAUUUAUUUGUAUGUUAAUUGAGUAGAAAUUUGUAUAUACUUUGUUCAUAACAGUGUGAUAAUUUUUUCCCUUUUAAACAGGAAUGUCAUAGAAAAAUGUGAAUCUAUUGUUUAGCACUGUGCUUAUAUUUCUUUUUAGAUUAGCUGUUUGUAUGAACACACAGACACAUCACAACCUCUAUUUCACAAUGACAUUUUUGUAAAUAUAGCAUAAUGUUAUUUUAAUAAAUUGAAGGCUUAUUUGGAGCUUAUUGUUUAGGGAAUAAUUAUAUUUUCUGUAAAGUUUUAAAGAGUAUUUGAUCCUAUUUUCUCAAUAUGAAAUAUUUUUUACAAAACAAGAGAAAAAUCAGUACAUUUUAAAGAAAGCAUUGCAAACUAAAGGUAUGACUUAAUUAAAAAUGCAAUUCAUAUACUGAAAAAAAUGGGCCAUUUCUGUUAUAUAAGGUCUGCAGUUUAAUAUUUUUUAUCCAAAUAUUUCUAAAAUCUUCAUGUACUUGUUAUGGCAGAUGUGAACUUAGUGUUUACAUUGUUUAUUUACAAAGAGUGAAAUGAGACAGAAAAAUAAAGAUCUGGUAUCCAGUAAGUGACAAAUCUAAAAAAUGGAAUCCAAAAGAUCAAGUCUUGAUGUUCUAUACUAUAUUCCUUACUUAGAUUAUAGAUUUAAGAAAACUAUGAUCUAAUUUCUCUUGUUUCACAAAAUUAAGAAUAGUUCACUACACUCUCUGAAAUCUAGGCUACUUUAAAUAGAAUAUGGUCAAAAAUAUUAAUGAGAAAAUGAUUUUAAUAAAAUCUAGCAUUUCCUGGUUUUUAUAUAUGGCUAAUAGAUCAAGUAGAGUGAUUUUGUCUAAUGUGAAAAAGUUACUACUGACAGGUGAUUUUUUUUACAUAGUUUAUUAGUUAAACUUGUCAAGCAUAAAGGAGGCCAAAUUAGAAAGUCCUGUGUUCCAGUUUCCUUACAAAAGUCCAUGAAAUACAUCACUGAAUUGCUUUGUAUUGAUUACAUAUCACUGACAGUUGGUUUCAACAUCCCAGCCUAGGAUGAUAAAUACUGAAUUAAUGUAUAAGGAACUUUUCAGCAAUUCUUAAGCUUUUUAACCUAGGCUUCAGAGAUUAUGUGAAACUAAAAUUAUAUAUAUAUAUAAUUUUUUGUAUGUAUGUGUACAUGCAUUUUUUUCUAGGGAAGAGAGUCCAUAGUUUUCAUCAAAAUAUCAAAGAGACUUAUCACCCAAAAGUUAAGAAACAUAUACUACUGGUUACUUGUGUUUUGCAAGUGAGUGAAAAAUGGAAGGAAUUUUAUUAUAUGUUCCCUUUCCUCUUCCUUUUGAUUAGAGAUUAAAGGAGUAAAGCAUUACGACACAUCUUUGAUUUAUACUAUUAAUUUAUUUUGAGAGUAGGGGGCUAGGUAGAUAAACAGGCCUAUAAUUGAACCAUCUCAGUAAUGGUAGUGAGGUCAUGAGGGUAGGUCAAAUAUUGUUAGUGAACUGUAAGUAUAUAUGUAAUUCCUUCGUUACACUCAAGUUUAUAAAAUAUAAUUGGAAGUGGAUGCUCUUUAGAACUUAAUAAGACUUUUUCUUAAUUUUAAUCCAAAUUAUAUUACAUGCAUUCAACCAUUGUAUUUUGGUGCUAUUUGAGGUAUUGAUUUUUCAUCAAGUAGAAAAAUGCAUGCAAUUUUCUAUGGGUGAUUCUUGCAAUUCAGGGAAGAAUUAAGCAUUUUAAAUGAAAGAAUAUCUAAUUGGGGUAGGGGAGGUGUAAAGAGGAAGAAAUCCUUUUCAAAGCUGACCACAAAGAGUAGUUAAGAGCUUGUCUUUACAAGUAUGUAAGACACAGAUCUUAUCAGAGUGCUCAGUGAAUUGUAGGGUGCUCAAUGAUAGACAUCAUUACAUAGAUUCAACAGUGGAAAAAAAACAAAAUUAUGCCCCUUGCAGAGUUACAUCAAAUCCCAUAUAAUACAAACUUGGAGACACUUGCAGUAUUAUAUUGUAGACCAUUAGAGAACAUUUCACACUUGAAUGAAAUUAAGAUCACUGUAUCUCAAUUAUAGUUUUUUAAAAGUCAAAUAUUUGAACUGUUUUUCUUCUUUAUUGUAUUUCCCUUCCUUUCCUAGCAAAAUGUAUGUUAGCAACAUGUAAUCAAUUAUUUAAAUA